GCUGCUAUGGAAAGAUGUGAUCAGCAGUCCCAAGGCGGCUUUUCCUGAUUACCAGUUUCGGUAAUGCUGUGAGGAAUAAAAAAAAACGUGCAUUUUGAAAGACAGACGGCUUUGUGGUGUGGAGGAACUGUCAGUGCACCGGUCCUCGGCAACGAUUUGGACAAAGAUGUCGGCGGUUGUGUAGAUAACACAGGAUAUUCCCUCGGCGGUUUUUAGCUAGAGACCUGCAGAAUGUCUAGACGCCGUGUUGCAGAGAGAGGGGCAGGGGAAUCAUCUGGCAGGGCAAGCAAGCUCCUUUGUCCUGGGAUAUCUGGCAUCAAUGCUAAGAGAGCUGGACCCUUUGUCUUGGGGCCUCGACUGGGAAACUCUCCUGUGCAGAGCAUCGUGCAGUGUCUGGCCAGAAGGGAUGGAACAGAUGACUUCUACCAGCUAAAAAUUCUGACCCUAGAGGAACGUGCAGACUCGUCUGGGGAGACACAGGAGGAAAGGCAAGGCAAGAUGUUGCUGCACACGGAGUACUCGCUGCUGUCUCUCCUUCACAAUCAGGAUGGAGUGGUGCAUCACCAUGGCCUCUUUCAGGAUCGUUCUUGUGAGAUUGUAGAGGAUAUGGAGGCCAGUAGAGCACGCAGGAUGAAGAAGCGGAUCUGUCUGGUGCUAGACUGCCUGUGUGCUCAUGACUUCAGUGACAAAACGGUGGACCUCAUAAACCUACAACACUACGUCAUCAAGGAGAAGAGACUCAGUGAGCGUGAAGCAAUCGUCAUCUUCUGUGAUGUUGUGCGGGUGGUUGAGGCUCUGCAUAAGAAGAACAUUGUGCACCGAGACUUGAAGCUUGGAAAUAUGGUGCUGAACAAAAGGACUCAUCGGAUCACAAUCACCAACUUCUGUUUGGGUAAGCAUUUGGUGAGUGAAGAGGAUCUACUGAAGGACCAGAGAGGCAGCCCAGCCUACAUUAGCCCAGAUGUCCUAAGUGGUCGUCCAUACCGUGGGAAGCCUAGUGAUAUGUGGGCUCUCGGUGUGGUGCUGUUCACAAUGCUCUAUGGCCAGUUCCCAUUUUAUGACAGCAUACCUCAAGAGCUCUUUCGCAAGAUCAAGGCUGCCGAGUACUCCAUCCCAGAGGAUGGUCGUGUGUCAGAAAGUACAGUGUGUUUGAUCCGUAAGCUGUUGGUGUUGGAUCCCCAGCAGAGGCUGACUGCAACAGAGGUGCUUGAGUCUCUCAGUGGCAUUAUUGCCUCCUGGCAUUCUGUAUCUUCUGUGAGUGGCCCACUGCAGGUAGUACCAGACAUCGAUGACCAGCUCAACCAGCCUGAGCAUCUACAGGAGGUGAAGGUAACAGAAGAGUCAUCACAGUACGAGUUUGAGAACUACAUGCGCCAGCAGCUGCUGUUAGCUGAGGAGAAGAACACUAUCCAUGAGGCCAAGAGCUUCUUGACCAAGAGGCAGUUUGGCAGUGUGCCACCAGUGAGGCGCCUGGGUCACGAUGCUCAACCCGUCAGCCCUCUAGACGCAGCCAUACUGGCCCAGCGCUUCCUCAGGAAGUAGAGGAUCACUGUGCACAGGCCGUGCCACGCAGCCGGAUUCAUGUGUGUGGGGUGUUGCUUUUUAAAGAGCAUUUGGGUGAGGAGAAGCAGCAUGUAGGACAGUUAUCACUCAUCUGCUCCUCUGACUGGUUAAAGGAGGUGACUCUGGUUUGAGCAACACAAGACUUAUGGGUUCUGAGCCCCUACCAUACCCCCUCCCUCUCACUCUGCCAUACAGACAUUAGCAGCAAUACCAGAACUAAAUCAUGUAGCAAAUGGGUAUGCGCGCGCGCACACGCACCCCAUUCUCCUCUUCUACUCUCAGCACUUUCCAAGGGAAACAGCUCUGAUCACCAGACCUCAGUUGUCGUCCCUCCAUGUGUUCCUCAGUCCUUCAGUCAACCACACCCAUCCAUACUGGGCUCCAUCUGCACCCACAAUUGCAAAUCUACCUCUUAUAACAUCUCUGUUUCUGUCUUUCAGUCUGUUUAGAACUGUGCUCUCAAUAGUUUUGAAAAACAAGAAUCCAAUGGAGAUAUGACCACAAGCACAGGUGAAGAGCAUUAUUAUUAUUAUUAUUAUUAUUAUUAUUAUUAUUAUUAUUAUUAUUAUUAUUAUUAUUCAGAGUUCUGGCAUGUCAAAACCAGUGAUGCAUUCUCUUCAUAAUCUGAAUAAGCUUUGCUCCCCUCUCCUGUUAAGAAAGGUAGCAUUUUUUUUUAAGAACUUUUUUUUUCCCCCCUGCCAUUUUGUUUACUCUCGCUUGACUCGGUUCUUAAAUAAUAAUAUAACACAAGGACUCUGUAGGCCUUCUUUUCUUGAUUGGGCAUUAACAGGCAGCUAGCAUUGUAGAGCUCAAAAUCUAGAUGCCAAAAAUAGUCCCCAAAUCUGCUGCUUUUCAACCCGCUGCCCUGUGAGGUACGAUAUUUCCCCCUAAUCAACUAAAGCCUGCAGUGGUUCCAAAUCUCUUCUGUUUUUCACCUCUGUCCAAAUAGAGUUGCCUUGUACAUGCGAGUUCCCAAAAUUCAAAAGACAUGCCUUCUGGGUUUCUUUAUGAUUUUGCUUAUCAUUACUUGAGGUCCUAUAGCAACCAGAGAUGACAUAAAGCUGACAAAACCAGGAUGGUUGAUGCUGUAAUCAUGUGGAAUUUUAAGCUCCAUUAAGCCACAGAAAUGCAGGCUUUAAUCUCUUCCCCACCCCUGUGGAGACCACAGCCAACAUCUUAAGCUGCCCUUUUGAAAACAAGCCAGCACUCCUUUUCUACCACACUGUAUUAAGCUGAAACCUUGACUGCUCUUCUGGUCAUUGUACUGGGGAAUGGCCACUAAAAGUAAACCUCAGAACCUAGGCAUAUGACAUACCCAAUCCCCAUCUUUCAUUUUUUGGUGCCAUUGUCUUGAUCUUUAUAUGCAUCAUGAAUAAUAAGUGCAGUUCUCUUAAUACAUUGAUCAUCUUUGCUUUUCUAAUCACAAUUGAGGAGUCAUAGUACAUAAACUUGGUGUUGUCAGACUGUUCACCAAUCCCGUCUAAGCUACUUGUAGAAGUCAUUGCCACAGAAUAUCUUGCCUUAGAUUCAGAUUUCAACAGUCAGUGGUAAUUUUGUACCUUUGGUGGGCUAGUACUUUAAGUAAACAGAUUGUCUUGCAUCAGCCUUUGAACCUGUGACUUCAAGCCUGCCUGACUUGCUAAUAUUAGGGGGAAAAUGUAAUCUAGUACUGUAGGCCUCUGAGCUUCUCAAUGGUAGUUUGUCUUUUUUUGUGCUCUGUUUUUAAAGCACAAAGCAAUUUGACAGACAGCAUGAGUGAAACUGUUUAGCUUUGCUUGGUUUUAUUUAUUCACUAUGUACAAAUGGUCUUGAUUCCAUCUAUUAUUUUGAACUCUGCCUCUAUUCUUGUUAGGUGUGAAGUAUCAUAAGAUCACAUAAUCCAAUUCUAAAGUAUUGCUAUGAAUUAUUUUUAAAUUAUUUUUCACUAAUCCCCAGCGAGGGCUUCUCCCCCCCCCCCCCCCCCCCCCUUCAUUUUUUUUGAAACCAACCCUUUUUGUCUGAGUAAAUGUUGCCACAAUCUUGAUGGUUUAUUAAGCUACAUUGAUGAGACUGACUUUGCAUAGCUCUAUAUUUAGACAAAUGAAAUUAUGUUGAGUUUAUCCUGCAAGUUUAAUACAACAGUCCAGUGGCCAGUGUGCAAAUACCAUCCUGUUGUGGCUGUACCAGUAGUCUGUCAUCAAGCAGAGUUGCACCAAAGCAUUGACACACAAGGAGUAUUUAUCAAAGUAAUGUUGCCUGCCACUAUUGAAAGCAUUAGUAUGCUCCCAUCUCAAUGUGAAUCUUUUUUUUUUAAAUAAAUUAUAAAUAUAGCAGUAUUUGUAGAUGACUUGAGUUUUGUGUGUGGCAGUUACAGGACCUUUUGUAAGUACUUGGGUCCUCACUAAGUUAAGGGACCUUUGCAAGUACUUGGUCCCCACUAAAAUUAAAACAUCACUGCAUCCAUAAUUCAUUAAAAAAAAUUCAGUGAAGUGACCCCCAGCUCCAUCAUCUUGCCACAAAUCUGUGGGUUUACAAUGUGACCUUGGAGUGGUUGUGUAGUCAGUUCCUUAACUUGGGCCAUAAUUGAAUGCCCCAUGCAGGUGUCCUUUUUUUUUUUUUUAAAAGAACCUCUCCCUGCAUCCCCCCCAGCGCCCUUGGCUUUACAAGGCCAAGCUAUGUAUUUGUAGCAUGACACUUAUGUUGUUGAGCUAUAUUGUUUUAUACAUUAAGUAAUGCAUGACUUGGACUUGCAGGAUGUGCCACAUGAUCUCUGCAUUUAAGUUGCCAGAAAAUUUGGGUAUGACUGUAGGUAUGUGUUAAAAGUAAGUUUGUAGUCCAAUUGAAAAUACACUUAAACCAGAAGAUUCAUCUCCGCGGCGCUGAAUUGGGAGAACUCAUUUUAAAGUCAUUAAUUUUGUUUCUAGAGGUAUGAUUUUUUUCUUGUCCUGUCAAACAUAUCCGCUAACUGGAAAAUGGUGUAAAAUGAGAUGGUGAAAUUAGUUAAAAGCCUAAAUGUUUGGUGUUGUAAGCUGCUUGUUUGGAUAAAUAUCAAAGAAGAAACUGGGUAAUUGUACAGAGAUAAAAACAAAUUUGUAUAAAUGACAUAUUUUUGUACUUCAUAAAAUCUCUACAUGCAUGUCAGCAAUAAAUUUGAUAUGGAACAUC